AUGUUUUCCUUGCCGUGCGAAACGAAGAAGUUACGUAUGGAGAUGUUAGCCAAUUACUUUAUUGGUGGUGGCGGGGAAAAAAGAACACUUGAAUCCGAUGGCUAUGUUAAAAUAAAGUGUGGACAAAAUUUUAAUGAAAGUGACAAUGCCAACAUUUAUUUGAUUGAUCUCAUUACAAAAUUAGGUGGGAAAUGUUUAAAGCACAACGAUAAUGACGACUCAUACGUUUGGCAGGUAAAACCGAUGAUACACUCGACGGAUGGUGCGAUUGCCAGAUCUCAUACUAAUCGAGAGUUUGAAUUUCAUACCGAUUGUUCCUACGAGACAGAUCCUCCAGAAUAUAUGGCAUUAUUUGUUUUACAACCAGAUAGAUACGGCGGAGGAAUAUUGCAAGUGAUUAGAGCAGAUGAGAUACUAUCUCAAAUGUCAGAUGAAAGUAAAGAAGUACUACGGGAAAAAUUCACGAUUAAUGUUCCACUAGAAUUUAGAAAAUUGUCUGAUAUUGAUCAUAUAAAUGAGCCGAUUUUAUUUAAACCAGGUCAUCUGAGAUACAGAAAUGAUAUUGUUGAUGAAAAACUGCUCGAUGAGAAGAAACGAGUUGCUAUCAAGGAAUUAAACUCAGUCGUUUUUGGAGAAAAAGUGACUGUGCACACACCUGUACUUGAUAAAUAUUCUUUAAUUAUCAUUGAUAAUGGAAAAUUUCUUCAUGGUCGAACAAAAAUACUCGAUGUUGAUAGAUUACUACUGAGGGUAAGAUUUAAUAGCCUUAUCACCUAUAAUCGACUUGAAUUGGUGAAAAGUAUUCAAAAUGAAAAUAACUACGAUGUAUUUUCGAUGUUUGAUAAAAAUAAACUACAUCCCGGUUAUAUUCAUUUAACGAAUGAUUUACUUGCUUUCAUGAGCGAUAGGCAACAAAUAUUAUUUGAUGCAAUAAAUCAGAUUGUCACACAAUACACUUACAAUACAUCAGUCGGAGAUGAAAUCCGGACCACAAUCGCACUUAAUCCAAAAGCACAUGAUAUAAUUUGCAAAUUAAAUCAGGUUUCACCAUUCAACAUUGGUUGCUAUCGACCUGAUAUUCUAUUUGCCAAAUACGAAUCAACAGCUGACGAGUGUAUUUUUACUUUAAAUGGAAAUCAGGGACAAUUUGCGCCAAAAAUAUGUGAAAUAAAUGGCAGAUUUUCGUUAAAUGCUUAUCUCUUAACAGCUGCAGUAUGCACAUCAUCCGGUGAUCAAGAUAAUCAAAUAAGUGAGAAUUUCCGUCUCAUGUUAGAAACAAUUACAAAUACAUUUGAUACAUCGAAACCUAUGGUUCUUCUCAAAGAUAGAGAAAAGGGUUACGAUAUUAAUAUAUUCAAACAGUUUUGGUGCAAUACUUUUCGCACUUCCUGUCGUAUUACCUCGCCUUUAAAUCUUAAAAUUGUUGAACAAAAAGACGGAAAACAAAUAUUAUCAGAUGACAUUGGUAUCAUUGAGCAAUUUAUCCUUGAAUUACACCAGGAUGAGAUACUAGAUCUACCAGACAAUAUAUUAAACUUUUUUAUUUACAACAAACAGCUUCGAUAUAUCAAUGAUUUGAGAACGAUAUUUCUCGUACACGAUAAACGAUUACUUUCACUAUUGUCAAAUUUACAGUUUCUUCGUGCACUUUUUAUCGAACAGUCAACUGUGAGUGACGAAAACUUGUCUAAACUUGCACAAAUUAUUCCUAUAACGCACGUUCUUGUAAAAAUGCCAGAUUAUUUCAAACAUUUAGUAUUGGAGAAGAAAAAUCAGUUUUGUAUCAAACCAAAUUCACUUGGAAAAGGCCAAAAUGUGAUGAUAGGUGCGUAUAUAUAA